AUGCAGUUCACCACCGUCCUCGUCGCCCUCCUCGCCACCGCCGUCUCGGCCGCCCCAGCCCCGGCCGAGGUCUCCAAGCGCGCGUGCCAGUUCGUCGCCGCCUCCCCUCCGGGCGUCUCCGUGUCCAAGGGCAGCCCCCAGGGCGUGGCCUUCUACCCUCCCUCGUCGGCCGUGGGCGCCUGCCAGCUCGAGGCCUACUUCCCGGCCGGCUUCGCCAUCUCGUCCUCGGGCGCCGCCGCCGUCAACGUCAUCGACGUCAACGGCAACAGCCCGGGCUCCAUCGUCGGCACCAUCACCUUUGCGAGCUCGCCGACCGAGCCCACCCGCCGCUUCAUCAACUCGUUCGGCUGCAGGUCCUACAUGGCCUACCGCCUCGAGAUCGCCGGCGCGGGCCCGGGCUCCGUCAGCUUCCCUGCCACCCCCGGCGCCGGCCUGCGCAUGAGCCACAGCUGCUAG